ACGAGAUCGAGAUCGAUGAAGAGUAAACAGUAAAGGUUACGAGGGUUUGCCGCCAGAUCGACAUUGGAUGGUGCUUUUCCCGAUGCGCCCGCGCGAUGAUACACUUGGGUACACUGUAAUAAAUAUAACCUCGAUUCGGUAUGAGUUUGUGUUUAAAGGUUCGUUCGCCUCUUUUUUUUUUCUACGAAUGUCCCAGGAAAAGUGUGUUUACGUACACAUCAAGUCUUCCUGAUGACUUAUGAUGACGAGCAAUCUCAUUGAUGCACACUGGUUUCCCCUAGCGUCGCAGGGGAACAUUUAUUCUAUGACCAAACUCUGCUCAUCUAACAGUUCCAACAAGCUGUUAGUGGCAUCUUUGAAGAGAAAGAUAUACUCCUGUGAAUAUCAUCAAACGUCAGAAUUUCUGAGGCCUAUGGUGAAGGAAUUACUGUUUACAUAUAUUCCCAGUGGCGCAGAAAUUAUUUCCAUCGAUGCUUACAAUAAAUCUGACACCGGGGACAGUUUUGUAAUAGGCAUAACAAUUAUGAAAGCAAGUACAGACAUGAUAGAAAGGUAUUUAAACAUAUACACGGAGGGUGCAGUAGACGGCGAGGGAGAUGAAGGUAGCUCGAUUGAAGCCAUAGCACAGAAUUGUCUCAUGGUGGAGCUAUCAUAUACUCCUUACCACUUAUAUCACACCGUUUUACCACAACAGAAUUCUACACAAGAGGUAGUCUGGCUAAUAUCUGGAAGCGAUUACAGAAUUCAUAUGAUAAGGGAAGAUAAACUAAGCCACGUUUAUAGCGAGUCUUCGAUCGAAAAAUUUUUUCCGGAGCUGCACGACAUCCAAGCGAUCGCGCUGUGGAUUAAUAUUUAUUAUUACGACAAUUAUAAGCGGAGGGUCACCGCCGUCGGCUGUGAAUGCGGUCUAGUCAAAGUUGCCAUAGUGAAUGUGGUGGAUUUGCAAGUUUCUCAAAGUUGGAUGCUGAGAUACGACAAGCCUGUACCAAGUGUGAUAGUAUUUCCACAUAAGAACAUCAUUAGUAAACCAACCUUCGUAGCCAAUUCCGAGGAAUGCGUCCCAAAGGAUGACAUCCCGAAAUUAAACGUCGUUAUUUCAAGUACAAAUAACGCUGUUGUCUUUAAAGAUAUAUUGCGACAUGGAAUGAAACAAGAUGUGAUAUUGAACGGCAGCGAAUCGUCAGAUUGUAUUCUGUGCUGCUGUAUAGCGGACAUCAAUAUGGAUGGCCAAAAUGAGAUAUUGCUUGGUACUUACGGUCAGGAAGUCCUGAUCUUUACAUUGCUAGGUGACAUAUGGGAAUUAGCCACUAGAAAAUUAUUUGACGCUCCCGUACAUUCCAUAAGUUAUAUGGACAUAACAAACGAUGGAAUAAAGGAGCUGAUCGUACUCACCCAACGAGGUGUACACAUAUUACAGCAUAAUAUAGCUGACAUACGAGCAAAAUGGAAGGAACGUUACAAAAAACUAUUUGACAUACUAGCUUAGGAAUAAUCAUACAUUUGUAAACAGAGAAGAUAAUAUAUUUUCCCAUAUUAUUAUUGUACAUUUUAUAUCUUUGUAAUGUAUUGUAAACAGAAAAGGUAAUAUAUUUUCCCAUAUUAUUAUUGUUUUAUAUCUUUGCGAUGUAUAUAUUAUUUGUAUUUUACAAUAAAAUAAAAGAUGAAACAAUCUGUAAAA